ACCAUUUCAUUUGAUUUGCUUUCCUCUCAACUUGUUUCCUUCAUUUUCUCUGUUCAAUCCUUCUUUCCAUCGUCUUCUGCUGCUACGCUCUGCACCGCAUCUUCACACCCCUUUACACAGAUCACCUCGUCCUCACACGUUUCUCAUUUCUCACCGUUUCUUUUGAUUUGAUUUGAUCCCAACUCGUUACCUCCAUUGUUUGCAGAUCCAUCCUUCUUCGCUACUCUCUGCACCUCAUUUUGCCUCCCUUUACUAAAAAUCAGCUUAUUUUCACUAUUCUCAUCUUUUGUUUCAUAUCCUCAUCUGAUUCAUUUGCUUCUUUUGUUCCUUGUGUCUUUAUUCCUGUUUGGCACCUAUAUAUUUUUCCAAACUCCAAAAAAAGAAAAAAGAAAAAGAAAAAAAAGAAUUAGACGAUGGCCGAGCCUUGUCUUUGUGCGGUUUGUCAGAAUGCUGCUGGAAAUUUUGUUGGGAACUUGUUUAGUGGAAUUUUCACUCUUAUCUCAAAGCCAAUUAUUCUUGUGAUCAAGUGCGACAAUAAUGUUGACUAUUUGAAGAACAAAGUUGCUGAGCUGAAGAAUAAGAGAGAGACUGCGAAGAAGUAUGAUGAAACUGUUGAGAGAAGAGGGGAAGAGAUUAUACCAGAGCUCAGGAAUUGGCUGACCAGGGCCAACAAUUGCAUUGAAGCUGCGGAGAAAUUAGUACCUGAUGCUGCAGAGAAAUUAGUACCUGAUGCUGAAGGAAAUGCCAAGAAGAAGUGUUUCUUUGGGCUGUGUCUCAAUCCCAAAUCUCGUUACCAACUCAGCAAAAAAGCUAAGGAGAAUUCUGAGGUUAUUGUUGAUCUUGUGAAUAAAGCUCGUGAAUUCGACCUCCCACUUUCCCACAUUCAUGCUUCACCAAAAGAAGUGGCCGCGCCUGUCAAAGGUUUUGAGGACUUUUACUCAAGAAAGGAUGUUCUGGAGAGGAUCAUGGAGGCACUGCAGAGUCGAAGCAGCAGCAUUAUAGGGGUGCACGGGAUGCCUGGCGUGGGGAAGACGAUGCUGGCCAAAGAAAUAAAAAGAAAAGCAGAGCAAGAGAAGCUGUUCGAUGUGGUAGUUAUGGCUCUUGUUUCAAAGAAGGCAGACUCGAAAAAGAUUCAAGAGGAAAUUGCCCGUGGCUUGGGUCUAGAUCAGCUUCCUAAUGAAAUUACAACUCAGGAUGCGGCUGAACGUAUUAAAGAGAGGCUGAAGAAAAUGAAGAAAGUUUUAAUCAUUUUGGAUGAUAUUUGGAGGCCUGGAAUAGAUUUGGAGGAGCUUGGAAUUCCUCUUAGAAACGAGCCAAAAGAGAUUGAGGGGAGCUCGUCAAGAGAAGAACAUGUAGAAUGCAAAAUUCUGCUGACAUCCAGAGAUUCUGAUGUUUUAUCAGAUCUGAUGGAUUCUCCACUGAACUUCUCACUUCAUCAAUUAGAAUCUGGAGAAGCAUGGGAGUUGCUUAAAAAGAUAGUUGGUGACAGAGCUGAGAGUAAGGGGCUACACGAUACGGCCAUUGAGAUUGUCCGGGAAUGUGGGGGCUUGCCCCUUGCAAUUACAACAAUGGCAAAGGCUUUGAAAAAUAAGGAGCCUUACCAAUGGAGGGAUGCUUUGAGAAAACUAAGAAAGCCCUCUUCGGAAAACUUCCAUGACAUACCUGCAGAGGUUUAUUCAGCUAUUGAGGUCAGUUACUCUAGUUUGGAAAAUGAGAAGCUCAAGAAAACAUUUUUGCUUUGCUGCCUAAUGGGUCACAAGGCUUCAAUUCAAGACUUGUUGAAGUAUGGUGUAGGCUUAGGCUUAUUUGCUAACACCAUAGAGGAAGCACGAGAUGAAGUAUUUACUUUGAUAAGCAAGCUCAAAGCCGCUUCUUUGCUCAUUGAUGAUUAUGACAAUGAUCAUUUUGAUAUGCAUGACCUUGCUCAGGGUGUGGCUGUAUCAAUCGCAAGUAGGAAUCGUCAUGGGUUGCUGGUAACAGGUGAUCAUGCACCGAGAGAGUGGUUAGACAUGGAGGCAAUGAAAGAUUUCAAAUGGAUUUGGCUGGAAAAGGCUAAUAUUAAUGAGCUUCCUGAUGAGUUUGAAACUCCUCUGCUUACUUUUUUUUGUUUGAAUAAUAAAGAUACUUCUCUGAAAAUUCCAGCAGACUUUUUCAAGGGAAUGCAAAGACUGAAGGUAUUGGAUUUGACUAAAAUGCAUAUGACAUCCCUGCCUUCAUCGAUUAGCUUCUUAAAGAAUCUGCAUACAUUUUGUUUGUAUUGGAGCGUGUUGGGGGACAUACGUAUUAUUGGAGAGCUGAAGAAUUUAGAAAGUCUUACCCUUAGGGGGUCUGAUUUUGAAGAGCUUCCAGGGGAGAUUGGGCAGCUGACUCGGCUAAAGUUAUUAGAUUUGAGUGACUGUGCUAAACUCAAAAUAAUUCCCCCAUGUGUCUUGGCAAAUAUGUCCAGAUUAGAGGAACUGUACCUGGGAAACAGCUUCGACGGAUGGGAAGUUGAGGAAAAUGAAAAUCAAAGAAAUGCGAGCAUUGCUGAGUUGAAGCAUUUGAAGAAAUUGACUAAUUUAGAGGUGGGAAGGCUGGUAUGGUUACUUUGGAAGCUCAAAAAUACUGAAGUUGCAUUUAAAUGCAUCCAUUAAUUUUAACUAUUUAGUUAAAAUGUUGUUGAAGAUGACUGAAGAGCUACAUCUAAGGGAGUUGGCAGGUGUAAAGAAUGUGGUUGAUGAGUUAAAUACUGAAGGUUUUCCAGAUUUGAAGUAUCUCCAUGUCCAUAAUGCUCCAGAGGUUCAACAUAUCAUUAAAUCAGUGGAGGGGGUUCCUUUCAAUGCAUUUCCCAGCUUGGAAGAAUUAGUUCUCCAGAAUUUGAUUAAUUUGGAGAAGAUAUUUCAAGGCCGGCUCAGAGACACAGCUUUUAACAAUUUAAGAACUAUUGCUAUUGAAUGUUGUCAUAAGGUAAAGAAUUUGUUCUCUUCCUCUAUAGCCAGACAGCUUCUCCAUCUACAAGAAAUUUCAGUGACAGAU